AUGUCUGAAGAAAGGCAUCACAUCUUCGCGUUUGACACGUGCUUUGCAGACACCGUUGCGGUGAUAAUGUCCGACACGAAGACCAAUACCACCAAUCGGUGGCUCAAGUUCUUCAGAGACGCGGGUCUGCCAUCGACUGUGGCCACCAAUUAUGCCAUUAUCUUCACUUCGCAUCGCAUCCAAAACGAUAUGUUAAGCGACUUAACCAAAGAGAUCCUCUACGAUAUGGGCAUCAAAACCAUGGGUGAUGUCAUCGCCAUCUUAAGACACGCCAAGAGUGUGGACCACAUCACCACUCGAGACCAACUGCUCGGUCCGCACACCUCUCUCGACCCGACACAGAAGCCGACACCCAAUCGGCAAACACUUCCCGCCAAUAACCAGAAGACACAACCCGUGAACCAUAGGUUUAAUACUGUGUCCGCUCCUCAAGAGUCGGCGGCGACGGGUAUGAAACGGACGGCACAGACGUCGGGAAUGGUUAAGACGACGAAUGCAAAGAUGCGAAGAGUGGUUGUGGCGGAUGAGGACGACUACGACAGCCCUGUCGUGAGGAACGGCUCGCAAACGGUUUCAAUGCUAGGACUCGAAUCUCUGAAGUUGUCCUCUUCUGCGGUCAAAUCCAAAUCAUCUGUUUUUUCUCGUUUAGGCGCUGAGACUAAGACUAGUGACAAGAAUUCAACCAUUUUUGCGCGUUUGGGAAACUCUUCGGGUUUGGAUUCAAUGAAUCCCAUCCGACGGGUGACCAUAAGUGGGAGCAGUAUUAACACAACUCUUAAUAAUAAAAACAUGAUUAAAUUAAAUGAAAGGAUUACACAAUUGCCUAAAAAACCAAUCGUUGCGCCAAACGCUUUGAGAAGCACUCAAACUGAAACAAUUGGCAAUAGGAAUAACGGGUCGAUUGUCAGCGAGUUCUCCAUCAAACCGAAUGAUUGUCAACCGAACGGCCGCUUCUGUGGCCACCAAUCGGGUGCCGACGGCGUCGACGGCCGUAACGCAGGCCAAGAGGAUUGCGAUGAAGAGGGCUAA